UUCGACAAGAAAAAAUUUUAACGCUCUCUUUUCCACUAUUUCGACGACGUCUAAAAUAUCUGUAUCCAACUGAGCUCACUAAUCUUAUGUAAGUCAAACAGUGUAUACCGAUAUCGCUCAUUAGACAGACUGCCACGCCGAGACGACAACAAUCAAAUGACGAAAAUUAAUAACAGACCGCUAUUUGCGGUAUUAUUAGUGUUUGUGGCGUCCACCGGCGUCACUUUAGCCGAUGACGAUAAAUGGGUAUGGGGAAGAUCAAAUGAGCAAUUAAAGGCUGACUCGAGAAUCGGGUCUUCAUCCGACGAAGUAAUCCGAAUAGCUAAACCGUUAUUGCGCAAUCAGCCCAACCAAAAGCCAAAUCCAUUAUUCCAACCCGCCAACAACCCGAGGUUGGAUACUAAACAUUACAGGGAUGACUCCAUACGAAAUGGACGCUAUGAAGUCAACGAGGAUUAUGUACCAGAUAGGGAACCUUUGAUCCAGCAACCGAUCCAUAUAUCUGAGACUUUUAGUAGCAGGCCUUUCGACAGACCACCACCGCCGCCGCAAAAUACCCUACCACAAAGACCUUUGUCAAGCUUCCAAGCACCUUUGCGACCACAGCGGCCGGCUGUAAUCGUCGAUUCUAUACACGCACCGUCCAGAAAACCCGUGCCCGUAGCAACUGAACCAGCCGGGUCUGCAGUCGGCAUACUCACUGGACCAGUGCCCUCGUGGCAACGACCGGCGGUCCACAAAAACGGCGAUCCCACAAAUUUCGAAAAGUGCAAAUGCUCAUUUUCAUUCAACUGUAAAUCUCCUGGUAUCAAAUUUGGAAGCUGCGAUGAGGGAAAACAAUACUGUUGUUACAACGAUUUCGAUGGUGCAAAUUCGGGAAGCCAAGAAGUAGACAAAUAUGGAGGAGAUCGUAGCGAACCCAUACCUUCUGUGUUAGUUGGCCCAAGUGGAAAUCAUAGACCUGGUUUGAAACCUGGUAUAUAUGGACAAGUUUCCAACAAAAAUGUAAGAACCACAAACUGAAUAUAUUGAUCGACAAGAAUUAGUAGGUAACAGUUUUCCAAAUGAACCAUUAUUCAACAGAAGACCAAACGAGUAUGGAAACAAUCCUUUUAUUAUUCCAAGACAAUUGUAGUAUAUUAAAUAAUAUUACAAGCAAAUGUAAUUAUUAUUAUAUAUUUUUUCUUAUUUAAAUUGUACUAUAAUUUUAUAAAAGCUAAUUUAUAUUUGAUGUAUGCUUCAUCACAAAAUUGUAAAAUAUCAAUUAUUUAUAAUAGGUAAUAGGUAGGCGCUAAAAAAGUAUGAUUACGGAUAUAAGAUAAUAUAAAAACUAUUUUACGUCUAAUAUUAUAUUCAUAUAUAACUACGUCUUAAUUAUAUAUAUAAUUUUUUUAUUAAUUUAUAAAUAAUUCUAAUAAAUAUGAAUUACUUUUGAAAUCCAAAACAUAAUAUAAAUUAUUAUGAAACUAUAUUGUAUUUAUUUUUGGAGAUAGUUUAUAUAUAAUAAUAACUAACCACAAUUUAUUGCUUUUA